UCUCUUUAGUUCCGUGUAGCAAAACCUGAUUAUUGAAGAUAAACACCUAAUUAUAUGAUUCUUUAGUCAUAGUAACCAACCACUUGUGUAACAAAAAGUCAACUCUUUGUCUUAGAUAUGAUUAUAGAUCAUACAAGAAGAAGACUUAGUUAUGUUUAUAGUAUAAAUCCUGCAACUUGUAUGGUAUUAAGCCUGGUAAACUAGGCGAGUGGGGUGGGUUACGGUGACGAGUCAAAACGUGUUUGGGUCAAUAUGGCUCUGUGCAAUAUGAGUUUGGAUAAAAAAAAGUGACCUUUUAAAAGAAGAAUCAAUUUUUUUCUUAGGUUAAUUGGUUUUUGGCAUGGGUUCGGUUCAGUUAUGGGUCGGUUAACUGUUUUGCUGCUGCGGAUCCAUUUUACUGUUUCUGACCCAAUUUGCUGUUGUUGACUGCUGUUUCAUUUUGCCUGUUUCUAUAUUGUUGAUACUGCUAUGUUUAAUACAUGCAAAACAAACCCAUGGCUGCUCUUAUUCCAGACACAUCGGUUCAGUCCGAUUCCGGUUAUAUUGGUCAGUUAUUUACAAAUCAUGAAACCAAGCCGUUGGUUAUGUUGGUUAUCGGUUAUAUCUGCGUUUGUUUUGUCGGUUAUGGGUCAGUUAUUGGUUAUGUUGUUUAUCUUUGCUCGCCCCCAGCAGCGGUGGUGCCGGCGGUGUCACUGGUGGCAGCAACGGUGGAGGCCUGCAUAGACUACGGCUUCUUUUACCUCAUCAAUCAUGGGGUAGAGGAACAACUGUUACAAAAUGUGUUUGAUGAAAGUCGAAAGUUUUUCUCGCUUCCGCUUGAAGAGAAGAUGAAGCUGGGUCGCAAGGGAGACGUGGGAUUUGCUCCAAUUUACGCAGAGAACCUCGAUUCUUCUACCAGUUCUAAAGAACUAUUACCUUCUUGGCGAUUCAUAAUGGAGGAGUAUUACCAAAAAGUCGUAUCUGUAGGGAAGCGGUUGACCUCUUUGAUUGCAAUGGCGUUGAAUUUAGAGGAUGACUUUUUUGAGAAAGUGGGGGCUUUAGAUAAACCAUACGCUUUUCUGCGACUGUUACAUUAUCCAGGUUUAAAUCCAGGUGAAGUGGGGGAUUCUGAUGAGGUUAUAUAUGGUGCUUCUGCACAUUCUGAUUAUGGAAUGGUCACUCUUCUGGCAACAGAUGCUGUUCCUGGCCUCCAGGUGUGCAGGGAAAAACAUAAGCAGCCACGGAUUUGGGAGGAUGUUCGUCAUAUCAAGGGAGCCUUCAUUAUUAAUCUUGGGGACAUGAUGGAACGAUGGACAAAUUGUUUGUUCAGAUCAACACUACACCGCGUUAUGCCAACUGGGAAAGAGCGAUAUUCUAUGGCGUUGUUUUUGGAUCCUAAUCCCGAUUGUAUUGUUGAGUGCUUGAAAAGCUGCUGCAGCGACUCAUCUCCUCCAAGGUUUCCUCCAAUACGCAGUGGAGACCACCUGAGGGAGCGUAUCAAUGCUGCCUAUUCCGCUUCCUCAUAGAAUGUAUUGUAGUUGCUAUCUUAAAAGGCUUGAGUUAUGGUAUAAUUAAAAUAGUUUUAACUUUUAAAAAAAUGUUUUAUGUAGUGUGGAUACAAGAUUUUUUACUACCACAAUGAUUUUAGCUCUAGUUGUAACUAAAUGUUCAUUUUUAUGUUUAUUUAUAUAGUGAUAUCUGGACGACUUUUUUUCAUCAUAAA